AUGGCACCCUUAGAACUAGAAGCUACCAACCAACCAGUCCCCAAUAAUGAUGUUGAGAAACAGAUUGAUGGUAUCAACUACAUCCAAAGGGCACAGUGGCUCAGAGCUGCAGUUCUUGGAGCCAGUGAUGGUUUGGUCUCCACAACAUCAUUAAUGAUGGGAGUAGGAGCUGUUAAGCAAGAUGUAAAAUCUAUGAUUCUUACUGGUUUUGCAGGGAUGGUUGCAGGAGCAUGUAGCAUGGCGAUCGGAGAGUUUGUGUCGGUGUAUUCGCAGUAUGACAUAGAACUCUCUCAAUUGAAGAGACAGAAUGAAACUUCAGAUGGGAAAGGAAGUGUUGAUGAGAGUGAGAAAGAAGACUUGCCAAACCCAUUCAUGGCUGCUGGAGCAUCUGCUCUUUCAUUUGUUGUUGGAGCUGUGGUGCCAUUACUAUCAGCUUCUUUUAUACAGAAUUAUAAGGUGAGAUUGGGGAUUGUAAUUGCUAUGUCAAGCUUGGCUUUGGUGGUGUUUGGAGUCUUAGGUGCUGUAGUAGGGAGGGCACCUUUGAAGAGAUCUUGCUUGAGGGUGUUAAUUGGAGGAUGGUUGGCCAUGGCUAUAACUUAUGGCUUGACCAAGUUGAUUGGGCUGGCUGGGAUAUGA